AUGGCUCUCUCGGCCAAGGUCUCGUAUCACCCUCUCAAUAAUAUCGCAACCCGCAACGACAUCAAUGGUAACGAAACCUGCAUUGACGACGACGACGACGAUGCCGGUGAUGGAAGCUGUUGUGAUUGUGAUUGCCAUCAUGGAAGACGGACCUUGGAGAGACGUCUCCUUGCCUGCACCAUACUGUGCUGCGCCCUCGCUGCCUGCACUCUCGCCGCCUGCGCCCUCGCCCUCGAUGUCAAGUCUUAUCUGAGGCUCUCGCAGCCCGUGAUCCCAUUGGGUGUCGACCCAUGGGGCCUCGUUCCCCAGGAGGUGGGCCAGCCGGCUUCGUGGCGGUCAUUCUAUAACGACUCCCGAGAUCCUUAUUGGAUGGACGAGGACACGUUCGACAGCCCGGACGUCGUCAGGCGCGUCGUCAGACGCCUCAAGUGGUUGCAGAACUCGACGAAUAUCCGUGCCAAUGGCCGGCAAACCAGAUACCGAGACUGGGACGGCAGAGAAGACGCGUUACCGUCCUAUCACGGAUCCACGCCUACCGAAGUCUUCGGCAUUCGAUCCUUCCAUCAAAUCCACUGCAUUAUCGUCAUGGUCGAGGACUACGGUCUUCGUCUGCACGGCGAGCCCUCGCAGUGGACGCCGGGCCACGUCAUGCACUGCAUCAACACGAUGCGGCAGCUCACCCAGUGCAUGGCGGACGCCACCCCGAUCUCCCUCGUCCAAGGCGCGGAGAAACACCUCGGCGACGGCCAGCAGAUGUGGUGCCGCGACUUUGACGGCCUCCGCCGCUGGGCCAACGCCCCGGAGCGCGGACUCCGCUACGCCAUCGUCUCCCCACCGGGCGCCAAGGACGUGUACGACGAGAUUUGGCCUUAUCCGGGGGACUUGGGACCACCGGCGGACUUGUGGUAA